UUUAAAUUCUAGUGGAAUUCUAUAAAUAUUUUUAAAUCUACUCAAUGACUAGUGAUAUAAAUUAUAGAAUACCGGUAGAUAGUGAGGAUUCUCAAUUGAGUGAUUCGUCUGAUGAAGAAUAUUUACCAUGUGAUACUGGGGCAAUUGAAUCAGAUUAUUCGGAUAUUGAAAGCAAUGACUCUGACUCAAGCCAUCCUGAUGAUGGAUUGUCAGGACGACGAAAUAUAUGGAAAUCCUCUUUAACUAAUGUCCCACGAGUAGCCCCAGAUUGGAAAGGCAGUUUACCCUUCGCCAAUAAAGUUAAAAAUCCGAUAUACUACUUCAAAUUUUUACUGGGAAAUAUACUUCCUACAAUAGUUCAACAAUCAAAUCUAUAUUCUAUUCAAAAAGAUAUAAGCAGACCCCUUAAUUUAUUGUUAGAUGAAUUAGAACAAUUCAUAGGUAUUUUGUUCUAUAUGAGCAUUAUAAAUCUACCAAGAGCUCGUUUAUAUUGGACGGCUAAUACUAGAAUCGCUAAUGUAGCUAACAUUAUGUCAGUAAAAAGGUGGGAGUUCAUAAAAUCAUGUUUUCACAUAAAUGACAACACGAAAGCAUGUCCUUUUGGGACUGAAGGGUAUGAUGCUCUUCAUAAAAUACGACCUAUGCUGACGAUCACAACAAAUAUUUUAAAAGAUAUUACACUAGGAGAAAAUCUAUGCGUCGAUGAGCAAGUUGUUCCUUUCAAGGGACAAAGUAAGAUGAAACAAUACAACCCCCAAAAGCCUAAAAAGUGGGGUUUUAAAUUCUUUUUAUUAUGUGGAAAUGAUGGUAUUGUUUAUAAUUAUGAAAUGUAUAUGGGGAAGAUUCUCCAAGCCGAAGGUAUGCCAGAUAUAGGAGCUUGUGGGAAUUCAGUUCUGCGCAUGGUUGUCGCAGUUCCAUUGAAUCAAAAUUAUAAGUUAUACUUUGACAAUUGGUUCUCUAGCAUAAACUUACUGGUUAUAUUAGCGCAAAGGGGAAUACAAUGUGUAUCAACGGUUAGGGCAAAUCGCCUCAAAAAUUGUGUUUUGCCGACAGAUCAAGAGAUCAAAAAAAAAGGAAGAGGAAGUUUUGUUGAAAAAAAACGGUGAUCA